GAUAGCGUUCCUACAAAGACUGCUAUUAACAGCCUGCUAGUCUCUGCUUCUCUGCUGCAGAAGACAGAGUGAUAUUUGUGUUCCCAUAUCAUGUUGUAAAAUGCAUGAGAUUUUGCUCUUCCUCCUUGGAAAUGAGAAUAGGAAAAUGAGAGCAUCCUGAACCAGAAGCUAUUAGAAGAGCAUGCAGAAACCUGCAGUGAUUUCUGUUUUAUUUUUUUCUUCCUAGCUAUGGAUUAGAAGGACUGAUUUUUGCAAUGGGCUUUUUCCAUAAUGGCAUUCUUGUAUUGUUUGGUCAGAGCUUGCACAGGAGGAAAACAGGCUGCUGAAUUUAGUCACUGAUCUCUAUUAGCCGUGGCCUAAGGCUAUGCUGAGAUUUAUAUCCCAUUUGUAUUGUUGCAGCUCAAAAGAAGAAUGUUCAGAGGAUGACAAGUGUAUUCUGAGUAGAUCUUUGGUGGAAGAGGAGGAUCCUCAUAUGAAAGUGUCUCUUGGGAGCAGCGAUAUGGGCGUCUCUGCCCAUCUGCAGUCUUCAAAGACAGGAACCACAAGAUUUUUCACCAGCAAUACUCACAGUUCUGUGGUAUUACAGGGCUUUGACCAGCUGCGAGUGGAAGGUUUGCUCUGUGAUGUGACACUUGUUCCUGGAGAUGGUGAUGAGGUGUUUCCAGUCCACAGAGCAAUGAUGGCUUCUGCAAGUGAUUACUUCAAGGCCAUGUUCACAGGAGGAAUGAAGGAACAAGAUUUAAUGUGCAUUAAGCUUCAUGGUGUGAACAAAAUAGGCCUAAAGAAGAUCAUUGAUUUCAUUUAUACUGCAAAACUUUCCCUUAACAUGGACAACCUUCAGGACACUCUGGAAGCUGCCAGUUUUUUGCAGAUUUUACCUGUUUUGGACUUCUGUAAAGUAUUUCUUAUCUCUGGGGUUUCGUUGGAAAACUGUGUUGAGGUUGGGCGAAUUGCCAACACAUACAAUCUCACAGAAGUGGAUAAAUAUGUUAAUAAUUUCAUCCUGAAGAACUUCCCUGCAUUAUUAAGUACUGGUGAAUUUGUGAAACUCCCCUUUGAACGUCUUGCCUUCGUGCUUUCAAGUAAUAGCCUUAAGCACUGCACUGAACUUGAACUCUUCAAGGCAGCGUGUCGCUGGCUGCGCUACGAGGAGCCUCGCAUGGAGUUCGCUGCAAAGCUCAUGAAAAACAUCAGGUUCCCCCUGAUGACACCCCAGGAUCUUAUCAACUACGUUCAGACAGUGGACUUCAUGAGAACUGACAACACCUGCGUCAACUUGCUGCUGGAAGCCAGCAAUUACCAAAUGAUGCCGUACAUGCAGCCGGUGAUGCAGUCGGAGCGGACGGCCAUCCGCUCGGACAGCACGCACCUGGUGACGCUGGGGGGAGUGCUCAGGCAGCAGCUGGUGGUCAGCAAGGAGCUGCGCAUGUACGACGAGAAGGCCCACGAGUGGAGGUCCUUGGCUCCCAUGGACGCGCCCCGCUACCAGCACGGCAUCGCCGUCAUCGGCAACUUCCUCUACGUGGUGGGCGGCCAGAGCAACUACGACACCAAGGGAAAGACGGCGGUCGACACGGUCUUCAGGUUUGAUCCUCGCUACAACAAGUGGAUGCAAGUGGCAUCUCUAAACGAGAAACGGACCUUCUUCCACCUAAGUGCCCUCAAAGGACAUUUGUACGCAGUCGGAGGUCGGAACGCAGCGGGUGAGCUAGCCACUGUGGAAUGUUACAACCCCAGAAUGAAUGAGUGGAGCUACGUGGCAAAAAUGAAUGAACCCCACUAUGGUCAUGCUGGAACUGUGUAUGGGGGGUUAAUGUACAUUUCAGGGGGAAUUACCCAUGAUACUUUCCAAAAGGAACUCAUGUGUUUUGACCCUGACACAGACAAAUGGACUCAGAAAGCUCCGAUGACGACAGUCAGAGGUCUGCAUUGCAUGUGUACUGUAGGAGACAAGCUGUAUGUUAUUGGUGGCAAUCACUUUAGAGGAACAAGUGAUUAUGAUGAUGUUCUAAGCUGUGAAUAUUACUCACCAACUCUAGACCAGUGGACUCCAAUUGCCGCCAUGUUACGUGGGCAAAGUGAUGUUGGGGUUGCUGUCUUUGAAAAUAAAAUCUAUGUUGUUGGAGGAUACUCUUGGAAUAACCGGUGUAUGGUGGAAAUAGUUCAGAAGUAUGAUCCAGAAAAAGAUGAGUGGCAUAAAGUGUUUGACCUUCCAGAAUCCCUUGGUGGCAUCCGAGCCUGCACUCUCACUGUUUUCCCUCCGGAGGACAAUACAGGGUCACCGUCUAGAGAGUCUCCUCUUUCAGCACCUUAGACCAGCCCUUGACUCACAAUGUCGUAGUAACACCUCUGCACUGCAUCGUGGGGUCUGUUGUUUUUCUUCAGUAGUUUCUGUUAGGCUUAGCCUACAGCAUUUCAUACAAUUACUGGAAAAAAAGAAAAGACUUUGACGUUAUUUGUGCUGUUUGUUUGGCCUAGAAUGUCUCUCAAGUGGUUAACAAAAAAGGAUGUACUGCCCGAGCCAAAUGUUUAACAAAUGAGAGGGUAUUGUCUAUGAAAUGUAUGAACUAGGUACGUUAUUAAUGUUGUAUGUUGGGUGUGAGGUACCUUAUAGCUUACAUUUGGGAGCCCAGUGAGUCAAAUUUGUACUGAACUUGUCACUAAAUUUCAUGUUGAAAUCCUUUUUCCUUUCAUUUUUGACUGCAGAUUACAAGGGUAGGUAGACCACAUCAAUGUGAGCGUUCUGAAGGUUGCCAAGGGGCCUGAGCUACCUCCCUCUUUACACAGAGUAUUUUUGACAUAUCUGUUUACCCACCUGACUUUGUGGGUGCUUUCAGAGCAUAUGAAGUUUCUUAGGCAGAGGGAAGAAAUAAAAUAAUUUUAAAAUAUUAGCACUGUACAGGAGCAAACCUUGUAGAGGCCAGGAGUUUUUUAUUACAUAUAUUGAGUGUUUUUCCGGAGUCAGUUGAAUGAUGCUUCAAACAAAACAUCCUAAACAUGUUUAGGUUUUUUAAUUUGGUUUUUUUUUUUCAGGAAUUGGCUUCCACUUGCAUGGGAGCACACACUAUUAACAAUAGGAAUUCAGUGCAGUUAUGUAUUCUGUUGUAUGGCUGUACUGAAUAUGGGUAGUUAAGGGCUAGAAACAGUAACUUAAGCCACUGAAUUUGACCAAAUUGUUCCAUCUGAUCAAAUUUAAUCUACCUUUCUCCUUUGCUGUUGAGAUAACUUACAUAAUGUGUCCUCUGUAUAGUCUCAGUUAAUAAGGUUAUUUAGCACAAAGUGCAGCUUCAGUAAGAGAGCUGCUUUUGCUCAGUGAACCUGGACUACCACGUUUUACCUUUUGUUCAAUAAAACUUUUACCUGCAGUUACCCAGUCUAAGCUACCUCAUUAAUGUAUUUGGUUUUCUUCCUCUGCCUCACUGUCUCCAGGAUACGCAUUACGUAUAUCCAUGCGGGUAGAUGAAUUUGCUAGGAAACCAAUGCAGAAGUGAUCAUGAAUGGGUACUUUUUGACCUACUUUUAAGAAACUAUUUUGGUCUGAUGUGUUCAUUUUAUUGUCAGGGACUGAUGAAAAAACAGUCUUAAUGUUUUUUUCUUGGAGAACUGCUUAUGUGUGCAGCCAUGCAAAUUCACAGGAAUCUUUACCUGCUCCAAAAUACAGUGCCCUGCUGACAAACUGCAGCUCUGAUUAUGCCAUUGUGCUUGUUCUGAACUUCCCAUCAUGUUACAAGUCAUUUUGCUGAUGAAUGCAGUCACAGGGGCAUCCUCUGGGGAAAAAUGUUUAAACCAGCUUUUUGUGUUACCUAUUAAUAACAACCAAGUAAAGCUUAAUAGACUUUUGUUGGGACUUUGCUAUUUCUGUUUUUGUCCCUGCUUGAUGCAUCAAGCAGCAGGCUUACUGUGGUGUCAGUUUUGGAAGUACUGAUAUUUAUUCUUUGUACAGUUUACUAGUAAUAGUCACUACCAAAAUCUACGUGUAAGCUUUAGGUUUCAUAAUUGUUUUGGUUAAAAUCAAAAGCAAUUCUUCCUCUUUAAAAAAUUCAAGUCUCAAUUCCACGUGGCUGUUUAAGUUUGUUGCAGAUGGAAUAGAGGCACCAGAGGAUACUCCUGGAAACUGGUCAGUGAAGAUAAAUUGACUCAUCACCCUAAGAAUUAUUAUAAGCAUCUUCUUAUGCUGUGCAAAGCACUGGAUAGAGAAAUGUUGCUCUGUCGUUUAAGGAUUUGUCAGUCAUUUAAGUGUCACAUGCUACUAAUUUUUUUUCCAGCUCAGAGACCAGAUUUUAGACCCUGCUUGAGUUUAAAUCCCCCAAAAUCCAUAUUCAGUGUCUCUUAUUAAUUAAACUGAAAAGUACUUGAAGGAGUUGCAAUUCCUUUAGGAUGAUGUAAAUAUAUCCUGCUCUUUGUAUGCUGGGGAUGAGGGACACAGUGUUUAGAAGUGGGUAUCUUCACUGGUAUUCUCUGUUUGGAAGAAGCUUUACAUGGGUUCUGAUCAUUCUGAAGUGGCUUAAAGCCAGGGUGUCAGUUUUGUGCCUGAGCCUUGAAUAGCCAGGAGCUGGUAUAUGGCCACAAUGUUGAGGAUGUUUUGGUUUGUUUUUUUUUUAAGUGACUCAUUAUCUGCUAUACUUAAAGUGGAAGAAUUAUUUUUGAACAUUUUGUCAUCAGUGGAUUAAAUGUAGUGCUUCAAUCAAAUUAAUCUUUGGUUGUUUUUUUUUUUUUUAAUCUCCCUCUGGAUUAAAGUGUUUAUAAUGACAUUAGUUAACAUUUACUCACUAGGAUUGAAAAGCAAACAUCAAAGACUUGUCCAAAACUGCAAACUGUUUUCUUCUGUAAUGUAGUAUAAAAUUGCUUGAUGCUCACUGUGUCUUUCUUAACCAGAGCAUAAGAACCCUUUUCCAUCCCUGAAUCCACAGCUGUAGGUAUGCACAUGAAUACAGCAAAUACCCAUCUCCAUUUCCAGUCAGGCUGCUUCUGCAUAAAUCUUGGAUUCUCUCAUGUUGCAGUUGUAGUACCUAAACCAGAAGAGCAUCUGGAUAAAAAGCAAUUAUAGCCAUUGGACUUGAAUGAAAUUAAGACUACAUGGUGUGCCAGCUGGGAGAGCCACAGGAGCUGUCUGCCCUCUCCCAGUGAUGCAGACACACUGCAAAAUUCAUUCAGACUUUGCUUUUUUGGUGCCCAAUUAGCAGCAAAUGCCAAAAGUGCUCACUUCCAUAUACAAUUUGCCCAAAGGCCCAUCUGAUAUCCCUGCAAAACUCAGCACUGGUUCCAGACAUCCAAGAUGACAUUUCCCUUGUUCUGUGUUUUGAGACAGGACAAGAACAAUGGGGAAGAAGACCUGGGAAAUUCCAGGUUAUGCAAAGUUUCUUUGCCCUGUUAACAUCAGAGAGUUCAUAAUCUGCAAAUAGUCAUUUCUCUGUGAUUUCCUCCACCCCUAGAAAGUUGAUAAAUGUAUUCAUAAUUCAGCUUGUGUAUUCUUGGAAAUAUAUAAGCAUUUUAAGCUAGUGAAAGGCAUGUGCAUGUUGCAGGAGUCAUGUGUAUCCUGUUUCCUCCUGGCUUGCACUUUUCAUGGUGUGUGAAGGAUUGUGUGCAGUGGUUCCCAGAGAUCUGGAGGGAGAGUCAGGCUCUCAUGUGGCACUUUAUGCUUUCCAUGCUCUGUGAAAGUGUUCUGUACUUGCACACCAUAUGUAGCUUAUCGGGUAUUUUUUCUUUUGUAUCUUAGUUUAAAUGUGAAUAAUGAUUCUUUGUGAGCAAAUGUAGUCAGAAAAAUGUCUUAAAGGGCAGAGUUAUACUUUGCUUAAUUGAUAAGGUUUUUAUUCCCAUGAGUAUUGCAGGACCCGUUCAGCUGUGAAAAAGUGAUUGCAGCUUGAGAGCAAGCCAGGAAAUCUGGAUGGUUUUCCUGCCUGUCACCUGUUCACAUGUUCUUGUUGCCAGUCUUUUACAGGUCAUUAAGAGAACUUUUCUCAGUCCAAGGCUCUGUAUUUUGAUGUCCAGCUCUGCUGGACCUGCUGAUUACCCACUCUGGGGAAAACGUGGUGGGAUGUGUUUUCACAACCUGUCUUACUGAAAUAACAUGGCUUGUUUUUUUCAGGAAUUCCAUCGUCAUACAUACAGGAGUCCUCCAGAGUUCUUUAAUGACCUUUAAUUGGUAUAGACUGUGUAGCCCAGAUAACCUGGGAGUGGUGCUACAGCAGGAGCCAUAAGUGGCUGGCAUUCCUGAGGGGAUGGUCUCCUACUAUAUGUGUUACUUUGGCUCAAGUGCUGGUUUUUUCCCCCAUCUUUGGGAGUAUUUGUUGCUGCUGUUUGAGUUUUUAACUUUUUAUUCAUGAAAUGAGUAAUGCCUCUCUGAGUCUGUAUUGGGAGCUAAAAGGUUCAGGUGGCUCAUUCAGAGCUUCAUGCUAUCAGGCUAUCCACAUGUUUAUUAAACCCUUUCUAUUUGGAGCUCUGUUUCCUAUACGUUUAGGAGAAAUCAUUUUGCAAUGUGAAGAGACCUCAGAUGAAAAUGUGUUUGGGACUGGAACUGAAAUGCAUACUGUUUUAGAACGUUUUUUGUCAUGGUUUAGAGGUUAGUUUGGACUUUGAGCUCUCACAGACUGAAUAGGGAGUGAUAUAUAUAUUUUAUUUUUUUUAAUAACUUAUAGUUGACUUAAGUGAGUCAAAGUUCAGUUGUUUGUACUUGCUUGCACUCUUGGCUGGCCCGUUGUAUUCUCCCUCAGACCACAGUAUUCUGUGCAUCUGUUUCCUUGUGUAAGAGCACCUCCUGUCUUCCCUACUGACUUUUAAUUGAGUUCCAAAAGAAAUCUGAGUUGAAUUCUUACAUCUAAAGUACCUAAAGACCAUGUGGAGCUGUGAAUUGAGGGCCAUGGCUUUGACAUUUAAUUCCCCACCAGCCCCCCACUGCUUUGCAAGAUGUUCCCAAACCCAUCUAAAAUCUGAGUGCAGGACGCAAAUCUCUCAGGCUGAAAAUUUUAGUUACCUGGACAUCUAAAGACCAUGAGAGUAUCCUCGUCUCCUUGUGCACAUGAGCUGCUGAGUGCUCUGGAAAGGGGCAGACACAGGAACUCCUUGGGUAACCAUACUUUUUGUAGGCCUUUGAUUCUGCUCCUUCCUCUGUGCCCAGAUGGAGAUCGUGGGAGGGAGGGUCAGGAUUGGGUUGCACUUUCCAGCUCUCAGUAGAAAGGAAGUUUGUUUAUUCUCAUCUGUCUGCACAGCACUGCAGGAAAAAGAGCUGUAGGAACAUUUCAGAUUUUAAACAUUGUUUUACAGAACAGUAUUCAUUAAUAAAGGAAAAAUCAGUCUGUUUUAACCGGUGUUCCUUCUAACCAGGAUUGUUUCAAAAUACUUGGCUUCUGUUUCAUUAACAACUUUGCCUUUACCUCCCUUGUUCAACAUUACUGUAAAAAAAAUUGCUUGGUUUCUUUUCAAUUUGUUUUUCAUUGCUUGUAACCUUUUCUUAGAAAUGUGGAAAUAAUUUUCCUUACAUGUUUUAUGCACCGAAAUAAACACACCGUUGAUCACCUGA